AACCCAUAUCCCUUGGAAGAGCAGCCAGUGCUCUAACCACUAGGCAACUCUCCAGCCCCUUUUGUAAAGUGCACACUUACUACAGCAUUGGAACUAUUAUAUUACUUCAGUGACUGGCCGUAUAUUCUUUGACCAGGGCUGUUCUCUGAGACUGUGUUCCCUGAUAGCCCUGAUAGGGCUUCUGGCUUCUGCAGAGUGUGUAAGGUGGCUUAGCUGACCUCUAGUCUUUCUUUUUUGCUCUUGUGGUUGACAUUCUCACUGUCCUUAUGUUGAGACAGACAUCGUUAUUUCUCCUUUGAGUACAUCCCAGCAGCCCCGCCCCCGUCUCUGGUGUGGGUUCUAGAUUGGCUGGUUAUGCAGACUGUUGGGUGGUGCAGCAGUAAAGGUGAAGUGUCCUCCCUCAGUCCUUCCUGUUUCAGAAGGGCCAACAGGCAGUUGCCGAAACCUAAACCUCUUUAUUACUCUAAAGGACCAGUUUCUUCCAGAAGGAUGAAUUUAACUGACUCAUCUUGGUUGAUGGUGUCUGGGUUUUGUUUUGUUUUUCCCCUUCUUCUUUCAUGACAAUACAAGGGCCUGACUUGUUCCACGUCCCCAUCCCCUGGCUGGAUUGUUCCCCUCAGAUAUGAUGGUGAGCUGCAUUCGCUGGUCUUGCUGUGGCACUCGGCCCUUGCUGCCGCUGUUAUGAAGAACAGCUGUUCCUCCUGUACUUUAAAUGUUUUGAGAGAGAUCUGAGCCUAAGAGAAAUUUUAUACUCAAAUAUAAUACUUUCUUUAGAAAUAGCUUGCUUCACAAACUGUUCUCUAGUCCACUUCCAGUAAAGGGCUAAUCUGAUUUUAUAAUAGAUUAAACUGACUUAAUUUAAGUUUGACGUUUCAGGUAAAAUAAAUUUAAUGGCUGCAGUAAACGUCUGUACCCUUUUCAUAAAAUUGGCAGAAAAUACUUUAAAAUAUGAAUACAUUUAAGCAGUGUCUCUUAAAGAACCUAUUAAAGUGACUUGGCUAGAUAAUAGUUCAUGCUUAGGUAUAAUUUACAGCAGAAAAUAAGGUCCUAUAACUAUGCUUUUGACUGAAAAAUGGUAGAUGCUGAUUGGCACCAUGCCCUGGCCUAUGGACAGCUACCCAUGUCAGGAAGCGCAGUCUGAAGCAGAAGUGAGGGUGGGUCGUGAAGGAUGGCUUUUCUUUUUCCUUUCUAGCUGCAGGAAUGGAGGCUGGCCUGCUUCCUGCCCCUCCGCUUAGCUGUUGUCCGUAGUCUCUUCAUUUUCCUCAUUUAUUCUCCCUUUACUUCGUGGAGAGCUGUCUUGAAAUGUUUCCAGGAAAGCAGUGAGGUAUCGUCUCACGGAGUAGUUGCUUGGGCGUCCCCGCUAGAUUUGGGUCUGUGUGCAAAUGGAGUUUAGGACUCAGUCGACUCUGCCCUAAUGAGAGAAGCCCCUGUCCAAGAUGGAGAAGAAGCGGAGAAAGAAAUGAAAGCCUCUUUUUGGGCCAAGCUGUGGGUGACCAUGGGACUGAGGUUUUCUUUGCGUUGGACAAGUCUGUAGGAUGGCUCAUCAGUAAGGUUGCAGCUUUUAGCCAAAACAAAAAUUCACUUCUGAUCAAGGAAGAACCUAGUGCGAUUUGAAUUUAUGCAAUUUUAUGACCAUAUUCACUUAGGACCAUGAAGUUCAUCAACAUCUGGCUUCUUCUGCUGGUGGUUUUGCUUUGUGGGAAGAAGCAUCUGGGUGACAGGCUGGGGAAGAAAGCUUUUGAAAAGGCCCCAUGCCUUAGCUGUUCCCACCUGACUUUGAAGGUGGAAUUCUCCUCAACUGUGGUGGAAUAUGAAUAUAUUGUGGCUUUCAACGGAUACUUCACAGCCAAAGCUAGAAACUCGUUUAUUUCAAGUGCUCUGAAAAGCAGUGAAGUGGACAACUGGAGAAUUAUUCCUCGGAACAACCCAUCCAGUGACUACCCUAGUGAUUUUGAGGUGAUUCAGAUCAAAGAGAAGCAGAGGGCCGGGCUGCUCACACUGGAGGGUCACCCAAACAUCAAGCGGGUGACACCUCAGCGGAAAGUCUUUCGUUCCCUGAAGUUUGCUGAGUCCGACCCCAUUGUGCCAUGUAAUGAAACCCGGUGGAGUCAGAAGUGGCAGUCAUCACGACCCCUGAGAAGAGCCAGCCUCUCCCUGGGCUCUGGAUUCUGGCAUGCCACAGGAAGACAUUCAAGUCGGCGACUGCUGAGAGCCAUUCCUCGGCAGGUUGCCCAGACAUUGCAGGCAGAUGUGCUGUGGCAGAUGGGAUACACAGGUGCUAAUGUCAGGGUUGCUGUUUUUGAUACUGGGCUCAGUGAGAAGCAUCCACACUUCAAGAAUGUGAAGGAGAGAACCAACUGGACCAAUGAGCGGACCCUGGAUGAUGGACUGGGCCAUGGCACAUUUGUUGCCGGUGUGAUUGCCAGCAUGAGGGAGUGCCAGGGAUUUGCCCCAGAUGCAGAGCUGCACAUCUUCAGGGUCUUUACCAACAAUCAGGUGUCUUACACAUCUUGGUUUCUGGACGCCUUCAACUAUGCUAUCCUAAAGAAGAUUGACGUUCUAAACCUUAGCAUCGGUGGCCCUGACUUCAUGGAUCAUCCCUUUGUUGACAAGGUGUGGGAAUUAACAGCUAACAAUGUAAUCAUGGUUUCUGCUAUCGGCAAUGAUGGACCUCUUUAUGGCACUCUGAAUAACCCUGCUGAUCAGAUGGAUGUGAUUGGAGUGGGUGGCAUUGACUUUGAAGAUAACAUCGCCCGCUUUUCUUCCAGGGGAAUGACUACCUGGGAACUGCCAGGAGGCUAUGGUCGUGUGAAACCUGACAUUGUCACCUAUGGUGCCGGAGUGCGGGGUUCCGGUGUGAAAGGGGGCUGCCGGGCACUCUCAGGGACCAGUGUCGCUUCUCCAGUGGUUGCUGGGGCUGUCACCUUGUUAGUAAGCACAGUGCAGAAGCGGGAGCUGGUAAAUCCUGCCAGUGUGAAACAAGCCCUGAUUGCAUCAGCCCGGAGGCUUCCUGGUGUCAACAUGUUUGAGCAAGGCCAUGGCAAGUUGGAUCUGCUGAGAGCCUAUCAGAUCCUCAGCAGCUAUAAACCACAAGCGAGCUUGAGUCCUAGCUACAUCGACCUGACUGAGUGUCCCUACAUGUGGCCCUACUGCUCCCAGCCCAUCUACUAUGGAGGAAUGCCAACAAUCGUUAAUGUCACCAUCCUCAAUGGCAUGGGAGUCACAGGAAGAAUUGUGGAUAAGCCUGAGUGGCGGCCCUAUUUACCACAGAAUGGAGACAACAUUGAAGUAGCCUUCUCCUACUCCUCGGUGUUAUGGCCUUGGUCAGGCUACCUGGCCAUCUCCAUUUCUGUGACCAAGAAGGCAGCUUCCUGGGAAGGCAUCGCGCAGGGCCACAUCAUGAUCACGGUGGCUUCCCCAGCAGAGAUGGAAGUAAGGUCAAAAAAUGGUGCUGAACAUACUUCUACAGUGAAGCUUCCCAUUAAGGUGAAGAUCAUUCCCACCCCUCCUCGGAGCAAGAGAGUCCUCUGGGACCAGUAUCACAACCUCCGCUACCCCCCAGGCUACUUCCCCAGGGACAACUUGCGGAUGAAGAACGAUCCUUUAGACUGGAAUGGCGACCAUGUCCACACCAACUUCAGGGACAUGUACCAGCAUCUGCGCAGCAUGGGCUACUUCGUGGAGGUGCUCGGUGCCCCAUUUACAUGCUUUGACGCCACACAGUAUGGCACUUUGCUUAUGGUGGACAGUGAAGAAGAGUACUUCCCUGAGGAGAUCGCCAAGCUGAGGAGGGAUGUGGACAAUGGCCUUUCCCUUGUUGUCUUCAGUGACUGGUACAAUACGUCGGUUAUGAGGAAAGUGAAGUUUUACGACGAAAACACAAGGCAGUGGUGGAUGCCAGAUACUGGAGGAGCCAACAUCCCCGCUCUGAAUGAGCUGCUAUCUGUGUGGAACAUGGGGUUCAGUGACGGCCUUUAUGAAGGGGAGUUUGCCCUGGCAAACCAUGACAUGUAUUAUGCGUCGGGGUGCAGCAUCGCCAAGUUUCCAGAAGAUGGUGUCGUGAUCACACAGACUUUCAAGGACCAAGGAUUGGAGGUCUUAAAACAAGAGACAGCAGUUGUUGAAAAUGUUCCCAUCUUGGGGCUCUAUCAGAUUCCAGCUGAGGGCGGAGGCCGGAUCGUGUUGUAUGGAGACUCCAAUUGCUUGGAUGACAGUCACAGACAGAAGGACUGCUUUUGGCUUCUGGAUGCACUCCUUCAGUACACAUCAUAUGGCGUGACCCCUCCCAGCCUCAGCCAUUCAGGGAACCGGCAGCGCCCACCCAGCGGAGCUGGCAUGGCCCCUCCUGAAAGGAUGGAAGGAAACCACCUUCAUCGGUACUCCAAGGUUCUUGAGGCCCACUUGGGAGACCCGAAACCUCGGCCUCUUCCAGCCUGUCCACACUUGUCAUGGGCCAAGCCACAGCCUUUGAAUGAGACUGCGCCCAGUAAUCUUUGGAAACAUCAGAAGCUGCUCUCCAUUGACCUGGACAAAGUAGUGUUACCCAACUUUCGAUCGAAUCGCCCUCAAGUGAGACCUUUGUCCCCUGGAGAAAGUGGUGCCUGGGACAUUCCUGGAGGGAUCAUGCCUGGCCGCUACAAUCAAGAGGUGGGCCAGACCAUCCCUGUCUUUGCCUUCCUUGGAGCCAUGGUGGCCCUGGCCUUCUUUGUGGUACAGAUCAGCAAAGCCAAAAGCCGGCCAAAGCGGAGGAGGCCCAGAGCAAAGCGACCACAGCUUGCACAGCAGACCCACCCACCAAGGACCCCGUCAGUGUGAUCAUCACAGCGGCUAGCCACAGACGCCUACAAGCCUUGGACCACUCUGAUGGCCGGCCACACGGGGCAUCAGAAGAGCAUCCUGGGAGGUGCCUGUUUCCAAGGAACCCCAUCUCCAGCUUGCAGCUGGGUUAGUGUGUUCUCCCCAGGCAUCUCUGAGGUACAUCCUUAAGUACCUCACUGUGCUAGGCUCUGACAGGAGGUGCUCAGUAACUCAGCCUACGGUGGCAUCAGGCCCAGUGACAGUGCACCAAAGACCCAGAGCCUGGAAGGGCUGUCGGGACACACUUUCUACAUAAAGCUUACAACCCUGACCAAGCGAAGACAUGCUUGUUCCAGGCUAUUUUCUAUAUUUAUUGUGGGGAGAGUCACUUUAAAGACUUGUGCUGUUUGGAAGCAAACCUGUUGUUUUGUCUGUCAAUUGAGUGCAGUUUUCUGCAGUGACAUCCUAAGGAGUCAAGAGUCCGUGACCUUUUUGAUGAGAGGACAGACUGAACUGAACUUAAGGGAACGUGCACAGAUCUGGGAAGUGCAGGCCUUUGCUUUAUUUUUAUAAGUGUCAACUGCCAUCAUGUUUUGUAAUUUGGGGUCUUGAUUUCACCAUUGUUGGUGAAGGAAAUUUUCAAUAAAUAUGCAUAACCU